AUGGUGAUCCAUACCCACUUUGUGAACAUCUCCCAGGCAGUGAAGCAGCGCUGGCAGGCCAUAGUCAUUACUCUCGACAAGGCACUCAACAGAACCACCUACAUGCCCUUACCCCACACCCACACCCCUCUGUCUGCCACUCCUUGUUCCCCUCCCUUGCAGCACAUCCCCCUGGUGAACAUCUCCCAGGCAGUGAAGCAACGCUGGCAGGCCAUCACCAUUCUAGUGGAUAAGGAGCUGAACAAGACCACCUACAUGCUGUUCAACGGCAAGGGAUACGAGGAACCAGCCACUGAGACGCCCAAAGUGGGCACUUCGGAGCUUUGGCACAUCAUCAACCCGACAUUCGAAACGCACCCCAUCCACCUGCACCUCAUACAGCACCGCCCCAUCUCCCGCCGUCCGUUCAACUCCACCGCGUAUCUCAACGGCUCGUGUUCUUUCGAGCCCUCCUCCCCUUUCAAACCCAGCUGCUUCACUGGCCCGGCUCGGCCCGUGCCGCAGCAUGAGAGGGGGUGGAAGGACAACACCGUUGCAUUCCCGGAUAGUGUUCUCACCAUCUUUGUGCCGUUCAAGGGGCAGGAUGGUAAGCCGUUCCCCUUCGACGCAACCAAGGGGCCGGGAUAUGUGUGGCACUGCCACUCAUUGGGACACGAGGACAACGACAUGAUCUCUUAG